AUGUCUGAGAGUCUUUACGAAGCUCAUCAUCUAUAUACAUAUUCUGAUGCCCAUGAAGAUCACAGUUUUUCAAAAAUUUUUAACGAAAGUGAUCUUAUGCCAACCUCAGCAACAACGAAGUCUAUCAUAAGAGCCCAAACGAAAUCUAAUAUUGCAAGCUUUGAUGGCCUCGAAUCAAGAAUUGAGAUUUUUGACAGCAUAAAGUUUCCAGUUCUUAAAAGUCCUUUAAGAAAUCCAAGAAAAAUUAAAGUUAAACGUAUGAAUUCAAAUAUUGAUGAUUCUCCAAGUCUCAAUCCUGUUCACAGAAAUUACAAAAUUCCUAAAUCUUUAUACCCAAGCAAGAGACCAAGGCUAGGAUUUAAAUUGAGUUCAUCGUACGAUUCAAAUAUAGGGCCAGGAGAUUAUAAUCCAAUCUCCAGGUCGUUUACACCGGGAGGGAUAUUUUCAAUUGAAGCUAGGUUUGAGACAAAUCUCCAAGAAAAAGUGGAGGUUUUUCUGACUCCCCCCCUUUAAAUUGGAACUAAAAAUUUUGUUCCAAUUUAAAGGGGGGUUAAGAAAAUUUUUUAAAAAAAAAAAUCAAUAUAAAAUUUUUUAUAAAAAAAAAUAUGUAUAAAAUUUUUUAUAAAAAAAAACAUUUCAAAAAUUUAUCGAAUUAGAUUAAUAAAUUUGUUAAAUAAAAUGCUAUUUACUCUUUAUCCUUUAAAUCAAAGCAAGAUAUAACUAAAUUUUUAUUAUUAAUUAAUACGCCACUAGGUUAGGUUAGGUUAGGUUUAAGAUGUGUAUUUUUAUAGUCCCUACUUCCAUGUGUGGCAUUCCUCCGCGCUCCUUGAGGAGCCGUGCUGGCACGAGCGAAAAGGAUGGACUUCCAUCACUGGUUCUCUGAGCCCAGGCCGAAACCCCUGGUUUCUCGGUAGUGGGUUGCCCUAUUGAGUCGUCAGCCGACUGUCGCCGGGCACCACCAUUUCCAACUCAGCCUUCCGCCCCGAAUUACGCCAGUCUUUGCCUCUGGUUGGCCAGAUCGCCCUCGUGAGAGGACCCUUUUAACUGGAGAGACUUGCGCCCUUGAGAUCCCUAAGUCUAGCUUCGCCUCCCCUCUUUCCCGGAUCAUCUCCAAGAAAGAACUCAACCCCUUACGGGAUUCGGGGCUAAGCCACCAAGUAGCCUAGGCAGAUAACUCUCCCUGCCUCUUUCGGACACACCGAGUCUGGGCCUCGGCGCUACUGGCAAAAAGAAUGCGAAAAACUGCUGCCCCGGGUUGAGUCCCCAAAAUCAGCGGAAAUUGGGCUGGGCCUCUCGCCUCGAGGCUAACUCUUCCCUUGAGUAGCUCUCCGCAUCCAAAAACCAUGUCCGGUAUACAUAAGGACACCCGCCACGGAAGGACGGGCCGCUCGUCUCCGGCCAUUUUAUGUAUAUAAUAUAUGCCACUAUUAAUUGGCAUCAAAACUAUUUACACAAAAAUUAUUAUUUUUUUGGUAAAAAAAAAAAUAAUUUUAGAAAAUUUAUGGAUCAAAGUGCUAAUUUUGUUUAAAUGAGAUGCCAUUUAUACUCUAUUCUUUAAAAUAAAGCAAGAAAUAAGUGAAUUUUCAAUUUUUGUAAAGAAUUCGCAUUGAAUUUAUAUCAAAAUAAUUUAAAUAAAAAAUAAUAUCAUUUUAUCAAAAAAAUAAAAAAUUUUUUUGAAAAAUUUUUAAAAAAAAAAAAAUUAAAUGUUUUUAAAAAUUUAGCAAUUAAGGCUAAUAAAUUUAUUUAAAUAAGAUGCUCUUUAUGCUCUAUUCUAUAAACAAGAGCAAGAUAUAACUAAAUUUUUAAUUUUAGUUAAGAAGAAACAUUUAACUUAUAUCAAAUCUUUUUACAUAAAAAUUAUGAUUUUUAUCUAUAAAAUUUUUUAUUAUAAAAUUGAAUUUUGUUUCAAUUUAAAGGGGGGUUAAUUUACCAAAAAAGUGGAAAUUUUACCUAUAUUUUGUUCCAAUUUAAGGGGGGGGAGUGAGACAAAAAAGAAUAAAGAAUAGGAGUAUUUUCCUUUCUAAUAAAAUUUAUGAAAGGAAUAUGGAUAUGGAUCAGUAUUCGUUGGAAAAUAAAGAGAAAUCUUUUAAAAAAAAGCAAAAAAUAAAGAAAGCAAAAGAAGAAAUUGCGAAAUUGACGAAGAAAAAAAUUGAUUUCUUUCAAAAAGAAAAUAUAACAUACCUGAGUGUAUCAAGACAGUUUACCUACUCAUUUCAGUAAAAUUAAUCCUUUUUUAUGCAUAAUAAAGGCUUUAAUCUUCUUAUAGCCAUUAAUUAAAUAUUAUUGCCAUUCAAAAAUAAUAUAAAAUUUCGAAACUCAAUGAAAAAAUGCAAAGAAAUAAAUACAGAGAAAAAAAGGUCGAAGGACAGCAAGUGAUGAAAUCAUGAAUAAUUUUAUCAAUAAUAGCUGGCAUCCAAACUUCUUGCUGGCACAAUUUUGACAAAAGAAAAGUAAAGCUUAUUUAGAAACUGAGAGAAAGAUCGAGGAACCAUCUAAUAUUUUUAUUUAAUAUUAUGAGGGUGAUAGGCAGAAUAAGAAUUCUUUUAAGCAAAGCUAGGUGAAGUAUACUGAUAAAAGCAUUGAAAAAGAACUCUUCUGUAAUAAAAAAUUGGCUUGCAAAAAGAAGAAAACUUUAUUUAAAUAUGUUGAGCUCUGUAACAGAUAAAGUAUUGCCAGAUAUCACACUAUUUGAGCUUAUGAUGAAAUUUCAUAGAAUAAGAGAUUUGAUACAAGCUGGAGUACUUAUUCCUUUAUUUAACACAUUGACUUUAAUAGAAAAUAAUUUUAUAAGUUCAAAUAAGAAGAUACUAAAACAAAAAUUUUCAUAUUCAAUAUAAUGAAAUAUAGUAUCAUAAAAAUCAGAAUUUCCAGGAUAUUUGCGCUAAGUUUAUUGUGGGAUUAAGAUUAAGAUUACGAUAACUCCUUGUAGACCCCCACUUAGCUUAGGAUCUAUCAAAACAAGCUCUUCCUCCAUGAAUUCCAUCCACUAGCUAACAGCUCUGAACAACGGUAGGUGGAAUCGGCCUAACCGUCGAACCGUUACAGUUGCCUAUGGCCCGGACGAGUCUCUCUUCGUUCCUUGAGUGUGCUUCAAGUACUCUUGGGGCUGCCGGAGCAGUCCCAACUCUGAUUUCCUUCAGAAAGAUUGAACUUCCCUCACUAGUACGAGUAUAGGGGACAGAACCCCUACUCAUUCAUUCCAUUUUUAAUUGUUAUUGUGGGAUAAAUUUGAAACCUCAGUAAUUCAAGACCUUCGAAAAUAUGGAAAAAUUAAAUACAAUGAUAAAAGUGAUAGAUUUAUUCCACAAAAUAUUAAGGAAGAAUACAUCAAAAAAUAUUUUGCUUUACAAGCUAAAGCCCAUAUAGAAAACAUAAAGCAAUAUAAUAUAUUAUGCCAAGAAAUUGACAAAGAAAAAGAGUUAAAUAUAAAAGAAAUCGAAUUUGAGCAAAUGUUCAAUGGAAAGCCAAUCACUGAAUUAAAAGAUUUUACCUAUCCGAAGCGUCCAGUUUUUAUGCUUUAUUCAAAUAACAAUUCAAUGAAAAAAUAUAUUAGUCAGCUUCUUAAUACUCAGCUUCAUUACACAAAAGAAGAAAGCUAUAUCAAAUCGUCGACUUUAAAAAGUAAGAUCCGUCAGCCUUCAAGCAGUAAAGAAAAAGAUGAUUGUAGCAGUAUCCGUUUAAAAGCAGCUAAGAACUAUAACUUCAAAGCUUUUGCUAAUGUUUCUAGUAAGAGGUAG